UGUAACCUCUUGAAUUCCGUCCCUUUGUCAAACACAACCAAAAUGGCAGACACCAUUCCGCAAUCUCGUACAAGAGAUGCCGACAGUCCUAGCUCAACAAAAAUAAACCCCAAAAAAAGACGGCAUUCUGACACUGAAGAUACACUAACAGGAGAAUCGGAUACUGCUUCCCCUCCUCAUAAUUUUGGUGGUUUUAGGUCUUCAAGCGAAAGGGAGUCAGAGCCUCAAUCUGAUAGUCCAUCCAGUGGCAAUCGAACCAGCAGUGAAAGUCCUUUUGAUCUGCGUCAAUGUACAAGUUCCUGGACAGAUGAUAAGGAGUUAAAUCGACUUAAUGUUGAGUCUGUUUUGGAAAGUACAGCAGAUGACGUGUUUGAAAUAGGGUUCAGAGAUUUUCUGAAAGGGGAUAAACAAAACGUUAACAACUUAAUGAAGAAACACUUUCCUCCUGGUGAAAGUGACGAUUUGCUUUUGAAAGCCGAAAAAGAAUGCUUUGAAUUUGCACUUAAAAACAUAAUUACCGUUAAUUGUGAAUAUAUUGAAGAUGUUGAUGCUGCAGAGCUAUUUAGAUUUAACAGAGAAUUUGGAAAAAAAUCCUUUGCAGAAUUCACAACAGAACCAAAAUACAGUGGCUGGUUUCAUUCUCAUUGUGACCAUUCUGAAGAGUUGGGCAAGAAUUUAGAAAGUGAGGAUGAUAUCUAUAAAACAAAGCAAUCUACAUGUCAGAAAAUAUUUGUCCGACUGAAGAUGUUUUCUGAUCAGCUUCUGAUUAUGAUGAACAACAAAAGAAAAAAAAUGAAUUUAACAGAGCUUAUGUUCCAGGAGCUAUUCUUAUCAUUUGUAAGAAUUUUUGAAUUAAUAAUAAUUGAUAACAGAAAUCUCCAAUCCUAUGAAAUGACUGUUGGAAAAGAAACUGUGAUAUCAGCUCCUGAUGCAGUAAUUUGCCAAUUUUUCCCAGCUGAUGUCCUUGCCUUCACAGACAAAGUAAUAGCAGUUGUUGAGGUAAAAAAAGAAUACAGCAGAGGUAUAAGUGAAACAGCAGAAAGGAGGACACGAAGUGGAGACAAAACAUCUAGCAUGAUUGGUCAUAUAGAUUCUAGUCUCAAAGGGCAACAUACAGGUGAAAUGAUAGCUGCCCUUCCCUCAUCCGUUUUUGGUUUAAAUGGUGUAUAUGGACUAAUUGUACAAGGCACAAAGGUUACUGUUGUAUCUUUACGUGCAAGUGGACAAUUCUGGGAGCAACUUCAAAAUGGAAAUGUAAAGAAUGCUCAUGCAAUUGUACGCUAUAGUCCAGAAUAUAAUAUUUUAACAAAACAGGGAAGAAUUCAACUUAUGAAUAUAUUUUUAGGAAUGAAAAUGUUACUUCAGAAUCUGGAAAUGUAAAAGAAAGUUCUAGGUAUUUAAAGCUGUGUAAAGAGUUAAAAAGACGUCAAUGCUUUUUUUCUAUUGAAAGAUAUGGUUACAAAAGCUACAUUGGUUAAAGUUAUAAUUGUCUUUUCUUUUUUGGUUUGGUUUUUAUGGCCUUCUUUACAACUUGCACUGAUAAACCCAUUUCCUAACAAAUUAACAUAUUAAAAAUUACGAACUGAAAUCCCUCUUCCCCUAUUUUAUAGUUCCAAUACAUUAAAGUCAUGUAUGAUCCUUAAAAUUUGUCAAAAGAUAAACAUGUUUUAUAUGUCAUUUGGUCUCCGGUGGAAAUUUGUCUCAUUGGUAAUUAUACCACAUCUUCUUAUUUUUAUAUUAUAGAGCUGAAUGGCUAUAUAUCAUGUAUAUAUAACUAUUAUUUGUAUUGCACAUAAUACCAAACACUUGAAAUUUCUAGCAUGGAAUGAAAUUAUAAAGAUGGAAGAUUUGUUGUCGAUAAUGCCAAAGGUCAGCAUUUCUAGAAUGAUUUCUCUUAUUUCUGCAUUAUUUUCACAUUUCAAAACAGAUUGUGAAAAAAGUUAUUGUCCCCACUAGUUAGUGUCAGAAUAAUUUUCAUUACUAUUCUGUGUAAAUAUUUGGAUUAAACUUGGAAAUGACCUCAAAAUUUCUCGAUUUCAUCUAAAUUUCCAAUUGUGACAUAAUGAAAAAUGGCAAUCAUGUCUGACGACGUUGCAUAUAAAGAACACAACUUUUUUCAAAUUUUUAAAGAAAAGAUUAACUUACAUUCACUCUGUGGUAACACUUUUAAUUUUUAUGCCCCACCUACGAUAGUAGAGGGGCAUUAUGUUUUCUGGUCUGUGCCUCCGUUCGUCCGUCCGGUUAAAGUUUUUGGUCGAGGUAGUUUUUGAUGAAGCUGAAGUCCAAUCAACUUGAAACUUAAUACACAUGUUCCCCAUGAUAUGAUCUUUCUAAUUUUAAUGCCAAAUUAUAGUUUUGACCCCAAUUUCAUGGUCCACUGAACAUAGAAAAUGAUAGUGCAAAGUUCAGGUUAAAGUUUUUGGUCAAGGUAGUUUUUGAUGAAGUUAAAGUUACAUCAACUUGAAACUUAGCACACAUGUUCCCUAUGAUAUGAUCUUUCUAAUUUUAAUUCCAAAUUAAAGUUUUGACCCCAAUUUCACGGUCCACUGAACAUAGAAAAUGAUAGUGGGAGUGGGGCAUCCGUGUACUAUGGACACAUUCUUGUUUUUAAUAAUAUUCUUAAACCAUCCUGGAUUUGUACCAAAUUUGGAAAGAAGGUUGUUAAUUAUUGAAAAAUUCAUAUCUAGAUUGUUUCUGUAUAUUACUAUAAAUGGACUUAGUUUUUCUUUUAGUUAACAUUGCAUACAGUCUGCAAUUAAACAUUUAUUAGAUUCAUAAACCAUUCUUACCAAAUGUGGAAGGAAGCUUCUUACAAUCAAAAGAUAGGAUCUAGAGGAAAAUGUACUAAUUGUCUUCUUUAUCAUUUGUUCUUUCAAUAAAUUUAUGUUUCAACUCUUUUAUAAAUCUAUAGAUUUGAUUGCAUUCUGUAAGCAUAACUUUUUUAAUACAUUAUAAACGUUUUAUUUCUUUAACUGUAAAUCUGUUAUGUGCAUUCCCCUAUUACACUAUAAACAUAGACAGCAGCAAAAGAAGGAUCUGCAGAACCCUCACAAAUUUUUAUUAACAUUUCAAUGAAUCUACAGCUUUAGUGAACAGCAGUUUGCUGGUAGAAGUGACAAAUCCUCCCUGAGUAUUAGUAUGAAAUAAAACCUAUCCUCCUUUUGUACUUGUAGUAUCAUGCAGCAAAGAGCACAGCAUUUUAUAUUAAUUAUUUGAAUAUUAAGCUUUAGCUCUCAAGUCAUAAUGUUUUUUUUCAAUAUUUUGAGAUUUUUAGCACAAUUACAUUUUAGUAACAUACAUCAUGUACAUUACAAGUAAUAAUUCUUAUGUGACAUCUGUAUAUUAUGAUAAUUAAAUGGCAUGCUAUAGGUAUUUCAAGAUUGUGAUAGAGUUUAUUAGAUAGAUUUUGAUUAAAACUGCAAAAUGAGUAUAUAUUGUAAAUACAUGCAAUAUGUUUAUAUUGUUAUUUUGUACCAGUUUUUAUAUGACCACAAAAAAAUUUUGGGAUCAUAUAAUGGUAUGAUGUCGUUGUCUGAGUCAUUGUGGUAUCCUUCGUCCUAAGACACAUUUGGUGUCUGGACAAUAACUUUAGUUUAAGUCAAUGGAUUUCUAUGAAAUAAUAAGAAGGUUCAAUAUCAGUAAAAGAAGGUUGGGAUCAAUUUUUAUACGACCGCAAAAUUUUUUCGUAUAUUGGUAUCAUGUUGGCGUCGUCGUUUGCGUCGUCGUUGUCAUCAUCGUCUUCGUCAUCGUCCGAAUACUUUUAGUUUUCGCAUUCUAACUUUAGUAAAAGUGAAUAGAAAUCUAUGAAAUUUUAACACAAGGUUUAUGACCACAAAAGGAAGGUUGGGAUUGAUUUUGGGAGUUUUGGUCCCAAUAUUUUAGGAAUUAGUGGCCAAAAAGGGCCAAAAUAAGCAUUUUCUUGGUUUUUAUACGACCGCAAAAAUUUUAAUUUUUCGUCGUAUAUUGCUAUCACGUUGGCGUAUUCGUCGUAGUCGGUGUUGUCCGAAUAUUGUUAGUUUUCGCACUCUAACUUUAGUAAAAGUGAAUAGAAAUCUAUGAAAUUUUAACACAAGGUUUAUGACUACAAAAGGAAGGUUGGGAUUGAUUUUGGGAGUUUUUAUCCCACAUUUUAGGAAUUAGGGGCCAAAAAGGGCCCAAAUAAGCAUUUUCUUGGUUUUCGCACAAUAACUUAAGUUUAAGUAAAUAGAAAUCUAUGAAAUUUCGACACAAGGUUUAUGACCACAAAAGGAAGGUUGGGAUUGAUUUUGGGAGUUUUGGUUCUAACAGUUGAGGAAUUAGGGGCCAAAAAAGGGCCCAAAUAAGCAUUAUUCUUGGUUUUUCGCACAAUAACUUUAGUUUAAGUAAAUAGAAAUCAAUGAAAUUUAAACACAAGGUUUAUGACCACAAAAGGAAGGUUGGUAUUGAUUUUGGGAGUUUAGGUCUGAACAGUUUAGGAAUUAGGGGCCAAAAAGGUGCCCAAAUAAGCAUUAUUCUUGGUUUUUCGCACAAUAACUUUAGUUUAAGUAAAUAGAAAUCAAUGAAAUUUAAACACAAGGUUUAUGACCACAAAAGGAAGGUUGGUAUUGAUUUUGGGAGUUUAGGUUUGAACAGUUUAGGAAUUAGGGGCCAAAAAGGGGCCAAGUAAGCCUUAUUCUUGGUUUUCGCACCAUAACUUUAGUUUAAGUAAAUAGAAAUCUAUAAAAUUUAAACACAAGGUUUAUGACCACUAAAGGAAGGUUGGUUUGAUUUUGGGAGUUUUGGUCCCAACAGUUUAGGAAUAAGGGGCCAAAAGGGUCCAAAAUUGAACUUUGUUUGAUUUCAUCAAAAAUUGAAUAAUUGGGGUUCUUUGAUAUGCCGAAUCUAACUGUGUAUGUAGAUUCUUAAGUUUUGCUCCCGUUUUCAAAUUGGUCUACAUUAAGGUCCAAACGGUCGAAAAUUAAACUAAGUUUGAUUUUUAACAAUAAUUGAAUCCUUGGGGUUCUUUGAUAUGCUGAAAAUAAAAAUGUACUUAGAUUUUUGAUUAUUGGUCCAGUUUUCAAGUUGGUCCAAAUCGGGGUCCAAUUAAACUUUGUUUGAUUUCAUCAAAAAUUGAAUAAUUAGGGUUCUUUGAUAUGCCAAAUCUAACUCUGUAUGUAGAUUCUUAAUUUUUGGUCCCGUUUUCAAAUUGGUCUACAUUAAAGUCCAAAGGGUCCAAAAUUAAACUAAGUUUGAUUUUAACAAAAAAUGAAUUCUUGGGCUUUUUUGAUAUUCUGAAUCUAGACAUGUACUUAGAUUUUUGAUUAUGGACCCAGUUUUCAAGUUGGUUCAAAUCAGGAUUCAAAAUUAUUAAAUUAAGUAUUGUGCAAUAGCAGGAAAUUUUCACAGUAUUCAGCAAUAGCAAGAAAUCUUCAAUUGCACAGUAUUGCGCAAUAGCAAGAAAUCUUCAAUUGCACAGUAUUGUGCAAUAGCAAAUAUUUUCAAUUGCACAGUAUUACGCAAUAGCAAGAAAUAUCUAAUUGCACAAUAUUGUGCAAUAGCAAGAAAUUUUCAAUUGGAGUUAUCUUUCUUUGUUCAGAAUAGUAGUUGAAUCAACUUAAAUCAUUGUUUUAUACAAUAUACAAUGUAUAUUCACUUUUACUACCAACCAAUCUUUACCAUUCAGUGAUAACAAGCACUUUAUUUUACAUUUUAUUAUUUUAUGAUGUAUUUAAGAGUAGUUAUUGUUGCAAACUCCAUUAGAAAUUUGAAUUGAUAUCAGUUUUGGAAAAAGGGAAAGGGGGAUGUGAAAAAAAAAUGAGGGGGGGGGGGGUUAAAUUUUUCUCAGAUUUCAUAAAUAAAAAGAAAAUUUAUUCAAACAUUUUUAUACGACCGCAAAAUUUGAAAAAAUUUUCGUCGUAUAUUGCUAUCACGUUGGCGUCGUCGUCGUCGUUGUCCGAAUACUUUUAGUUUUCGCACUCUAACUUUAGUAAAAGUGAAUAGAAAUCUAUGAAAUUUUAACAUAAGGUUUAUGACCACAAAAGGAAGGUUUGGAUUGAUUUUGGGAGUUUUGGUCCCAACAUUUUAGGAAUAAGGGGCCAAAAAGGGCCCAAAUAAGCAUUUUCUUGGUUUUCGCACUAUAACUUUAGUUUAAGUUAAUAGAAAUCUAUGAAAUUUUGACACAAGGUUUAUGACCACAAAAGAAAGGUUGGGAUUGAUUUUGGGAGUUUUGGUUCCAACAGUUUAGGAAUUAGGGGCAAAAAAAGGGCCCAAAUAAGCAUUAUUCUUGGUUUUCGCACAAUAACUUUAGUUUAAGUAAAUAGAAAUCUAUGAAAUUUAAACACAAGGUUUAUGACCAUAAAAGGAAGGUUGGUAUUGAUUUUGGGAGUUUUGGUCCCAACAGUUUAGGAAUAAAGGGCCCAAAGGGUCCAAAUUAAACUUUGUUUGAUUUCAUCAAAAAUUGAAUAAUUGGGGUUCUUUGGUAUGCCGAAUCUAACUGUGUAUGCAGAUUCUUAAUUUUUGGUCCCGUUUUCAAAUUGGUCUACAUUAAGGUCCAAAGGGUCCAAAAUUAAACUUAGUUUGAUUUUAACAAAAAUUGAAUCCUGGGGGUUGUUUGUUAUGCUGAAUUUAGAAAUGUACUUAGAUUUUUAAUUAUUGGCCUAGUUUUCAAGUUGGUCCAAAUGGGGGUCCAAAAUUAAACUUUGUUCAUCAAAAAUUGAAUAAAUGGGUUCUUUGAUAUGCCAAAUCUAACUGUGUAUGUAGAUUCUUAAUUUUUGGUCCAGUUUUCAAAUGGUCUACAUUAAGGUCCAAAGGGUCCAAAAUUAAACUAAGUUUGAUUUUAACAAAAAUUAAAUUCUUGGGCUUAUUUGAUAUGCUUUAUCUAAAUAUGUACUUUGAUUUUUGAUUAUGGGCCCAGUUUUCAAGUUGGUCCAAAUCAGGAUUCCAUAUCAAGUAUUGUGCAAUAGCAAGAAAUUUGCAAUUGCACAGUAUUGCACAAUAGCAAGAAAUAUCUAAUUGCACAAUAUUGUGCAACAGCAAUUAAUUUUCAAUUGGAGUUAUCUUUCUUUGUAUAGAAUAGAAGUUGAUAAUAUAUGUUGGAAAUUUGCCAGACAUGACUAUGAUGUCAUUUUCUAUUUUUAUUUGCCAAUAACUUUAUGUAAAUAACUUCAUUGGAAAUUUGCCAAUAUAAAAUGUUGCUGAUGAAGCUUUUUUUCCUUAUCUUAUCUAAAAUGUUUUUAGAUAAUGUAUGUUGGACAUUUGCCAGACAUGACUAUGAUGUCAUUUUCUAUUUUUAUUUGCCAAUAACUUUAUGUAAAUAACUUCAUUGGAAAUUUGCCAAUAUAAAAUGUUGCUGAUGAAGCUUUUUUUCCUUAUCUUAUCUAAAAUGUUUUUAGAUAAUGUAUGUUGGACAUUUGCCAGACAUGACUAUGAUGUCAUUUUCUAUUUUUAUUUGCCAAUAACUUUAUGUAAAUAACUUCAUUGGAAAUUUGCCAAUAUAAAAUGUUGCUGAUGAAGUUUUUUUUUAUUGUUUUAUACAAUAAACAAUGUAUAUAUUCACUUUUACUACCAACCAAUCUACCAUUCAGUGAUAACAAGCACUUUAUUUUACAUUUUAAUAUUUUAUGAUGUAUUUAAAAGAGUAGUUAUUGUUGCAAACUCCAUUAGAAAUUUGAAUUGAUAUCAGUUUUGGAAAAAGGGAAACGGGGAUGUGAAAAAAAAGGGGGGGGUUUAAAUUUUUCUCAUUUCAGAUUUCAUAAAUAAAAAGAAAA